GAACCGUAUGGUUUCAAAAUUGCACAACACAAAUGUCUGGAAGAAGUGGAACGAUUAGUGAAGGAUGCAGUCAAUAGCCCAACAACUCCCGAAUUAGUGACAAUAUUCGACAAACUCUCAGAUGCCCUCUGUAGAGUUGCUGAUCUGGCUGAUUUUGUGAGAGUGGCUCAUCCAAAAAUUGAAUACAUCGAGGCUGCUGAAGAUGCCUGCUUUUCAGUGGGAAAUAUGGUGGAAAAAUUAAAUACAAACGUGAGGCUUCACGAAUCGCUCAGGAAAUUGCUGAGUAAUGAAAGUGUUCUGCAAAGUAUGGACAAAGAAUCAAGGAGAGUCGCAGAACUCUUCCUCUUUGAUUUUGAACAGAGUGGUAUACAUCUCAGUGCUGGUAAAGUGCGAGAAAUAGCGUAUAAAAUAUUCCUUUAUCCAAACCCCCAACAAGAGGCGAUACUCAGCAAGCUGUUGACAGCACGCUUUGAGUUGGCCAAUUUAGUGGGUUACCCUACAUAUGCACACAGGGCGUUGAAAUCGUCAUUGGCUAAAGACCCUGAAAAUGUCAUGAAAUUCUUGGAGAAGACUGCAGAUAAAGUACAUGACAGAGCCAGAACAGAAAUAUCCCAACUCAAAGCAAUCAAGAGGCAGUUUAACAGUACUAAUCCAGAUAUCAUGCCUUGGGAUUUGCCAUACUAUACAGGGAUAGCAAAACACCAGAAAUUUGACUUGAAUUCUAUGGAAUACGCUCCAUAUUUUUCACUUGGUACCUGUAUGGAAGGCUUGAGUUAUAUACUGACCUGUUUAUAUGGUAUUCAACUCAAAGAAGAGAAAACAAAACUUGGUGAAGUAUGGGCCAGCGAUGUACGCAAACUGGCUGUUUUACACGAGUCUGAAGGUUUAUUAGGUUACAUUUACUGUGAUUUAUUUGAAAGAGUCGGUAAAUCACAACAGGAUUGUCAUUUUACAAUUAGAGGAGGGAGGCGUCUCGAUGACGGGAGCUAUCAAUUCCCGGUAGUUGUUCUUAUGUGCAGUUUUCCCACACCCACCAAGGCAAUACCUUCACUAUUGUCUCAUUCAAUGGUGGAGAAUUUAUUUCAUGAGAUGGGUCAUGCAAUGCAUUCCAUGUUAGCCCGGACCACCUAUCAACAUGUCACUGGUACGAGAUGUGCCACUGACUUCGCUGAAGUGCCUUCAGUUCUCAUGGAAUAUUUUGCCAAUGAUUAUCGAGUUCUCAAGUUGUUUGCCAAACAUUAUAAAACAGGAGAGACUAUACCAGAAGAACUGAUAACGAAGCUGUGCUCUUCUAAAAAGAUGUUUGCAGCCUGCGAGUUGGAACAACAAGUUUACUAUUCCAUACUGGACCAAAUAUAUCAUGGAAAACAUCCCCUAAAGUUGACUACUGCUGAAUUAUUAGCAGAAAUUCAGAAUAAAUAUAGUUGUUUGCCCUACAUAAAGGAUACUGCUUGGCAGUUGAGGUUUGGACAUUUAGUCGGGUAUGGUGCUAAGUAUUAUAGUUAUCUGUUGUCAAGGGCAGUUGCAUCAUCGCUAUGGCAUCAGUGUUUCAAAAACAACCCACUGAAUAGACAAGUAGGAGAAGACUAUAGGAGGAAAAUGUUGGCAUUUGGUGGUGGUGAAGAGCCUUCCAUCUUAGUUCAAAAUAUGCUUGGCAAGGAAUUAUCAACAUCACAACUGGUGGAGUCCCUCAUUCAGGAUGCACUUUAA